GCCGUCCCCAUUAACAAUAUAAACAUACAAACAUGAGCUCCGUAUUGAAUAAGCCAAAGUCUGAAAUGACAGAAGAAGAACUUCGUCAACAAGAAGAACUCGAAUUCAACACCGGCCCACUUUCAGUUUUACAACAAUCUGUCAAAAACAAUAAUCAGAUCCUGAUCAGUUGUCGUAACAAUCAUAAACUUUUAGCACGUGUGAAGGCAUUUGAUCGUCAUUGUAAUAUGGUUCUUGAAAAUGUGAAGGAGAUGUGGACAGAAACACCUCGUAGUGGUAAGGGAGCUAAAGCCAAACCCGUAAAUAAAGAUCGUUUCGUGAGCAAGAUGUUCCUGCGUGGCGACACCGUUGUUCUUGUCCUCAGAAACACAGUUUAAUUAAUACUCGAUUAUAUGUAUACACAUUGUGUUGAAGCAAGCAAUAAACAAAGUAUAUUUAAAGGAAAAGUUUGUCCAUGAUUUGCCAUGCUUAU